ACAAAGAGCGUAGAUUUUACAGUUCCAAAUUCAUGCAAAGUACCCAUCGAGAGGGGGGCCCUACCCCAAAGCAUGAAAUCUUGAUUUGUUCUUUUUCUAAAUGUGAAUUGUAACUUUUGGUAAUUAUUACACCUGUGCUGCCUCAUCUGAGUUCAAUUUUUGUCACUCCCAUUAUUUGCUUCCCGUUUUCUUCUCUUUCUCUAUGGUUUCAUCGCGCUAAUGGCGGUUUCGUCUCCCAUUAUUACACUCAUUCCUGCUCUGCUUUCUUGUUUUGCCUCACUUCUUAUAAUUCCAUCGAUUUCCGCAACCGGAGAUGAACGGAGAACCUUCAUCGUCCACGUCCAGCACGACGCGAAGCCGUCCGUGUUCCUGACCCACGACCACUGGUACGAGUCUUCUCUCCGGUCCGUUUCUGCUUCUUUCUCCGGCGCCGAUAAUGGGGUUGCGGCUGUUCCGAUUAUACACAGUUACGGGAAUGUUUUUCAUGGGUUUUCUGCGAGAUUGUCUAGCUCGGAGGCUCAGAAGCUCGAGUCUUUGCGGGGGAUUCUUGCGGUCAUUCCGGAGCAGGUUAGGCGAUUGGAGACGACCCGGUCGCCGGAGUUUCUUGGCUUGACGACGAGGGACAGGGACAGUGCCGGGUUGCUGAAGGAAUCGGAUUUCGGGUCGGACCUCGUGAUUGGGGUUAUUGAUUCUGGGAUUUGGCCGGAGCGGAGGAGUUUUGAUGAUGCAGAUCUGGGUCCCGUGCCGGCCAAAUGGAAGGGCAGGUGCGUUACCGGGAGGGAUUUUCCGGCGAGCUCAUGCAAUCGAAAGCUGAUUGGAGCCAGGUAUUUUUCAGGUGGGUAUGAAGCGAAGAAUGGGAAAAUGAACGAGACCAAGGAGUCUCGAUCUCCGAGAGACUCCGAUGGACAUGGAACGCACACGGCGUCUAUUUCCGCCGGCAGGUACGUUUUCCCGGCGUCGGCACUCGGAUACGCCCGCGGAUUAGCCGCCGGGAUGGCGCCGAAGGCUAGGCUGGCAGCGUACAAAGUCUGCUGGUUGACAGGCUGUUACGACGCUGAUAUCUUGGCCGCGUUUGACUCCGCCGUCGCCGACGGCGUCGACGUCAUCUCACUGAGCGUCGGAGGGGUUGUGGUCCCAUACAACCUUGACGCAAUUGCAAUUGCUGCAUUCGGGGCCUCCGACGCCGGAAUAUUUGUCUCUGCAUCUGCCGGAAACGGCGGCCCCAGAGGCCUCACCGUCACCAACGUUGCGCCAUGGGUCACCACAGUAGGUGCCGGAACAAUCGACCGUGAUUUCCCGGCGGACGUACAGCUCGGGAACGGGAAAGUCCUCCCCGGAGUCAGCGUCUACGGCGGUCCAGCUUUAGCACCGCACCGGCUCCACCCGCUAGUCUAUGCCGGCAGCGUCGGAAGUGGCGGGUACUCGUCUUCACUGUGUCUUGAAGGAUCGUUAGACCCGAGAAUCGUCGGCCGGAAAAUUGUGGUCUGCGACAGAGGAAUCAAUUCAAGAGUUGCCAAAGGGGAAGCGGUUAAAAAAGCCGGGGGAAUCGGGAUGAUUCUAGCAAACGGAGUAUUUGACGGGGAAGGAUUGGUCGCAGACUGCCACGUGUUACCGGCAACGGCGGUGGGAGCGGCCGCCGGUGAGGAAAUUAGAAAAUACAUAGCCGCCGGAUCAAAAACAAAAUCCCUACCCACCGCUACCAUCCAUUUUAGAGGAACUCGGGUCAAUGUUCGGCCCGCACCCGUUUUGGUCUCAUUCUCGGCCCGUGGCCCGAAUCCGGUGACGCCGGAAAUUCUCAAACCAGACGUGAUAGCGCCUGGCUUGAACAUCCUUGCGGCCUGGCCGGACGGAAUCGGGCCGAGUGGGCUUCCGUCAGAUAUCCGGAGAACCGAAUUUAACAUAUUGUCAGGAACAUCAAUGGCCUGCCCUCACAUCUCCGGGUUGGCCGCAUUGCUAAAGGCAGCCCACCCAGAGUGGAGCCCAGCUGCGAUUAGAUCCGCCUUGAUGACGACGGCGUACACGGUGGAUAACCGGGGCCGAACAAUAACAGAUGAGAGCACGGGAAACACCUCGACGGUAAUGGAUUUCGGAUCCGGGCACGUCCACCCUCAGAAAGCCAUGAAUCCCGGCCUAAUAUACGAUAUCACCUCACACGACUACGUCAAUUUCCUAUGCAACUCAAACUACACCUCGAAAAACAUCCAUGUCGUCACUCGAAAAUACACCGAUUGUAGCGGGGCAAAAAGGGCGGGCCAUGUCGGGAACAUAAACUACCCUUCGUUCUCGGCCGUGUUGGAACAAUACGGCAAUCGCCACAAACUCUCCACCCACUUCAUUCGGAGGGUGACCAACGUGGGGGAUCCCGAUUCGGUCUAUGUCGUUUCGAUAAAACCCCCGAAAAGGACGACUGUUACCGUGGAGCCGGAGAGGCUGGCAUUUAGGAGGGUGGGACAGAAGCUCAACUUUCUCGUUCGUGUGGAAGCAGAAAAAGCAGAGUUAAUUCCGGGAAACUCUCUUGUGACUAGUGGGACAAUAGAGUGGUCUGAUGGGAACCACCAAGUGACUUCCCCCAUUGUUGUGACAUUACAACAACCACUCUAAGCCCAACGUCUGGAGCCGUGGUUCUUACCACGGCUCCAAUCAUUGGGUACUCUCAUUCGGCGAGUCUCAACCAGGUGAAGAACGACCCCUUGAGAGCGGUUCCCAUGGGUCGUUCUUGCGAAGGGACCCUAAGUGGUUUUUCUUAGAUUGCCCUUGGUGGACACUAAGGUUCCAUGUCUUUGUAUUUAUUUGUGUGUUUUGUGGCAUCUCAUAAAGUCACAAGUUGUAGCUUAGGGUUAGGAAUAGAUGACCUUUGGUUUUCAUUUUUUUUGAAGAGUGACAAUAAUCUUCAAGUGUGUGAAAAAAACAAAUGUCAUUAC